AUGGAUCAGAUCAACAAAGUCAAGCCCACAAUGGAGAACUCAAAUCCAUUCCAUUGGGAGAUGCAACUUCUCGCUCAAGAAUUCAAUGAGCGCGAAGCACGUCAGGUCGCCAGCAACCGUAGUCACUUGGCCGAUCAAGCAAGUUUACGAGAACACAAUCACAACGUCGCACAGUUGGAAAAUCGAAAGCGUCAUCAGUUGGCGAUCCUAGACGAAGAACAAGAAUCGGAGAUCGAUGUCAUCAACAAGAAAUAUGUUCAAAAGUUUCGAGAACUCGAGGCCGAUUACAUCAACAAGAGAGAUGAUCUUGAAGGAGAAUUGUUCAAGAAAGUCGGCAGAUCUUACAAGAAACUUCAAAAACUACAUAUCAAGAAUUUGUCACAGAGUCAAGAGUUCGAAAGAAAAGCCAACGAUAUCUUGAAGAGAAUGGCGAGUAGCUUAAAAGAAGAAAAUACUAUUUGCGUCCUGGAAUCGGUUCGGAAGGUUCCCGUUGCUGCAGUCGCUGCAGUUAAGACUCCACCUGUCAGUUCUGCUAGUGUAUCGACGACGCCUGUAAGUGAAGCUGAGACGAUCAUUCUAAACCAAUAUCUUGAGGCUAGCCCUAGUGAAAUUCAGCCACUCCUCAAGGGUGAACCAUAUUUUGAGUUCAGAGAUACCCCCCCCUACGCGCCAGACGCAUUAUCAGCUCCAACUCCUCCAGCUCCACAUCUUGUGCUCAGUUCAUCUCCGGAAAAUCACUCGGUCAAGCGUCAAAAGACUAAUGGCCAAUCACAUAAAUCAGCCAAGAACAACCCGAAUUCUUCAUUGAUCGGUGCGUCUGAAGCUCAAGACUCUUUGGAUAUGCAUAGUUCAAUGCAAUCAUUCAGUAUGGACUCGGGAGAGACUUUUGUUUCUCAUGCUAAGUCUAGGUUCUUGUCUACAAAGACUUCGGAUCGAGAUCUCACCGGAACACAAGCUAUUGCACAAUACCACAAUCUCAAUCAAAGAACAGAGUAUGUUUCAGCUCCAUCUUUGAACUCUCAAGACCGUAGAACAGCCAACGGUGAGAGUGAAAAGUUUCUAAAUAAUGGUUCUAUGUCUCCACCUUUAAUUUCUAGGGUUCGACCAGCUCAUUUACAAGAACCUUUGGACAGUGAUCUCAUGUCCGGUGGCAACCACCCAGACUUCCCACCUGCCUUUGCUCAAGUCGCAACUCGGGGCCACGCAUCGUUGCAAACCACUAGACCUCUCAAGAGAGCCCCAAUGAAAUCGUUUUCCAAGGAUGUAUUUACCGACGAUACCUCCGAUAUAGAGGAAGAUUGUCAAGGUUCCGAUUUCAACGGCCGAAAAGCUACACUGUCGAAGCGAAAGGCCUCCGAUAUCAACAUGGACGGUCCAUUUGAGGAACUCCCAAUCGAGAAAACCGAGACCCCGACUCAAAUUCAGCCAGAGCGUGGAGGAAGCUCUAGGGCUCAAAGACCACGCCGAAGAUUAACCAACCCUCCAAGACUUAGCAAUGCAAAUUCAACUCAACAAGUGACCAUUGCUCCAAAACCUAGAAAUACAGAGCCAAUCCGAAGAGUAAAUAGUUAUCCCAGACCUAGUAGCGCAGAACCAACUCGACAAGUUCCCAGUACCUACAGACCUAGCAUUGCAGAGUCUCAGCUAUCCAUCGUUUUCUUUUCCAUUGAUUUCAUGUCUUACGAUCCCGGAUCUCCUGCUAAAUGCUACCCUGUGAGCUGGUCUGGAAUGAAAGGUAGUCAUAACUAUAGGCUACAAGUGAUGCACUUGAAGAAGAGAAUACUGCAUCCCUACGAUGGCGCUGAAGACAAAUCCUCCCAGUAUCCUAAGUUGAGGAUUGAUGGUUCAUGGGUCCUCGGCGGCUUCUAUCAUAAAGAGAUGAACAAUCACAGACUUGAAAUUUAUAGGCCGAGAUCGAAGAGUGAAUAUAGGGCGGAGGAUGAGGAAGAUAUCAACCCUGCCAACAUCCAGAGCGCGAGGAUAAGAAUCAAGUUUACCAGUGGAGUAGAACUGGAACGUUUUCUAGAGUGGUACAGAGGCAUGCAUCCAGGUGCUGAAAUGCGUCCCAAUGACCUCCUUGGCACUUUCAGACAAUUCUUUCAGGCGAGUAGUGCCUCAGACCCGACAUUGAGAAGAGAGAUCGAGAACAGAGCACAGCGAGGCGCACUCAUGACCCCCGUCUAA